GCUUUUGGAGUACAGUCGAAAGGCGAAGGCCCCGCAGCACUCACCGUCAUCAUCACGCACGCACUCGCAAGAGAGUGCCGCUCGCGUCGCUUUCCAGCUCGAAGUACGCGCUCGCCUGCGUCCCAUUCAAAAGUCGCAGUUUGGACGUCGCGACUGCUGCUGCGGCCCGGCUCCUCCUCCUCCUCCUCAUCCCAAAUCCUGCGAAGUGUGGAUAAUAAUUUAGCCAGUUUUUUAAUCGCCGGACGCAGGCGAGGUGAAUGAUCGAUCGAUCAAUCGGAAUCUGGCCCGGAGUCGUCGGGAGCCGGGGGCCCGGGGGAAUUAUGGCAGGAGUGUCUGACAGAAGGAUCGAUCGAUGAGUCGAAGGGAAGGAAGGAGAGGGAGAGUCGUAGAGGCGAGGGGUAUUUCUGAGCUGUGGGGCAAGUGUUCGGCCUUGUUACCGUUUGAGUGUCAGACUGCGGGCGAUGGCAGAGGCCCUCGUCGCCGAGUGGUCGGUCAGAGCCGAGCAGCAGGAGGCGGUGGGGAAGUGGCGAGCUCUCCCCUCGCUCGGUCCAGCUGAUGCCUGACUGGUCGAUCCGCUCCUUCCUCCGAUUCGGGUAGAGCAUUCAAUACCAGUUCUGCUGCUUCGGCCUUUCUGCCUUCCUCUCCUCCGGAACCGACCCGAUUUGCUGCUGCUGCUGCUGCUCCACCUCCUCCUCUUGUCGCGGCCUACCGUUCUUACCGUUUGUGGGCUCGCUCGUGGACGCGAGCGAUUCACUUCCCUUGAUUCAUCCAUUGAGCUGCUCGCAUCUGUGCGCAGGAGGAGCUCGGAGCUUCUUUGAUUUCACUGCAAGAAGCAGCGAUUCGGGUUCCCGCAUCGCUGGGCUGGCUGGGCUGCAUUGCAUUCACGAGUCGGAACGAGGGGGAGGGAGAGGGAGAGGGAGAGAUUGAGAGAGGAAUAGGGGAGGCGUCAUCAUGCGCAUUGCGUCGAUUUGCGGUUUGGGUGAUUAGAGAUGGCCCGUCGAGUGAUGUUCGAGGAGCGACGAGUCCCGCGGAGUGAUUGACUUGACUGGUUGAGGAAUGUGUGGUAGAUAGAAGGCAAGAACUCUCGACCUGUAUGGAGAGACCGAGCAUUUGACGACAGAGAGUCGAGUCGAAAGGCAGGAACCAUGUUGAAGUCCAAUCGAAGGCUGCGCGACGAGGUCGUGGGACUUGGUGGCAGCAGUAUCAGGAGCGAGGAGCAGGCCAGCUCGGGCUCGCCUGUGCCCAGAACUCCCGAGAAGAGCCGCGCAGGAGGAGGUGGCGGUGGUGGUGGUGCUAGAGGAGGAGGAGAAGAGAAGAUUUUCGUGACUGUGAGAGUGAGACCACUGAGCAGCAGGGAGUUAGCCAGGGGCGAUGUCGCAGAUUGGGAAUGCCCGGACGAACACACCGUUCUCUUCAAGCACCCUCUCCCCGACCGCUCUCCAUAUCCAGCUUCUUACGCCUUCGAUAGAGUAUUCGGACCCGAUUGUCCGACGCAGCGCGUGUACGAGGAGGGCGCCAAGGAUGUCGCUUUGUCCUCCCUGACGGGCUUGAACUCCACGAUCUUUGCCUAUGGUCAAACGAGCAGCGGGAAAACUUUCACAAUGCGAGGUGUGACGGAAACAGCAGUUCGAGAUAUUUACAGUCUCAUUGAGAAGAAUCAAGAGAGAAACUUUGUGCUGAAGGUUUCUGCUUUAGAAAUCUACAACGAGAUCGUGAAAGACCUCCUUAAUCCUGAUAGCGGUCCGCUGCGACUCCUCGAUGAUCCUGAUCGUGGAACGGUGGUUGAGCGUCUACAAGAAGAGAUCGUGCGGGACGCAAAUCAUCUUCGACAAAUUAUCUCCAUCUGCGAAGCUCAACGACAGGUGGGAGAGACGUCGCUGAACGACACUUCUUCGAGAUCUCACCAAAUCAUUAGAUUGACGGUGGAAAGUUCUCCCCGAAUACAAGAUGCAGGCCUCGCGAAUGCUUUGGUCGCCAGCUUGAAUUUCGUGGACUUGGCUGGAAGCGAGCGCGCUUCCCAAACACAAUCCGAAGGAGCUCGAUUGAAGGAGGGUUGCCACAUCAAUCGUAGUCUGCUUACCCUUAGUACAUGCAUCCGAAAGCUCAGUGCGGGAGGCAAGGCGAAGGGUCACAUUCCUUACAGGGAUUCGAAAUUGACUCGAAUUUUACAACAUUCCCUUGGAGGGAAUGCAAGAACAGCAAUUAUAUGCACAAUGAGUCCAGCCCACACUCACGUCGAGCAGACGAGAAACACUCUAUUCUUUGCCACCCGGGCCAAGGAGGUCACCAACUCUGCACAUGUCAAUCUGGUUGUUUCCGAUAAAGUAUUGGUCAAGCAGCUGCAACGGGAGGUGGCCAGACUUGAAGCUGAAUUACGUGUUCCUGACUCCCCUUCAAGUACAUCAUCCACCGCCGAGGCUUUAUUGACAUCUGAGGCUCUGCUCCAAGCGAAGGAGGAACAGAUCCGAAAGAUGGAAUUGGAAAUGAGGGAAAUUAUUAGACAGCGUGACGCUGCCCAAGUACGGUUGAAUGAGGUUACUGAAAGAAUGAAGGAGGCAGAGCAACAAGCAGAGCAGCGAAAGAAAGAAUUGGAGCAGCAAGCUAAGGAACUGCAAGCUCUGGAGUCCCCUUGUCGACUUCAAACUCCAACCUUUAAAACACAAGGGCAGCUUCCAUCGAUUCCUUCCUCCUGUGAGAGUUAUGAGGAUAGUGCCACUAACAACAGCCGUGCACUGGUGGUGGUGCGGAGGAACCUAGCGGAUGACUUGGAGGGCAAACAUUCCGUCAGAUCAAAGGGUUCAACCUUGAGGCAGUCAAACUCAGCAUCCCUUAUGUUGGUGCAAGAGAUCCGUAAACUAGAGCACUUGCAAGAUGAGCUUGGCGAAGAUGCCAACCGUGCCCUGGAGGCUCUGCAGAAGGAAGUUGAGUGUCUUCGUCUAGCCCAGGCCGGUAUGAACCAAGAUGCUGCCCAGACCAUUAAAAAGCUGCAGGAAGAGAUUCGUAACACACAUGCACUAAGGCAGGCCACCACUUCGGCCAGGGAUGCUGAUGGUGCAGAGCCUCAACCACCAGUCGCCGUCAUGAACAGCAUGAACAAGUCCCUGAGGCAGGAGCUAACCCGGCUUCAGGCCAUGGGCGAGAAUGACAAAAACGAAGCCAAUGCCACCAUCGCCACCUUAGAAGAACAGCUUGAGAGUGUUCAAAAGUCUUUAGAUAAGCUCGUCCUCCAAGAGAAUCCUCAAGAUCCUCCUGCAGCUGCAGAUGAAGACUCUAAGACACCCACCAGACGCAAGAAAUCUGUUCCCCAAAACAUGAGCGGAAGCAGCCGCCAGAGACUCAUGGCGGGCAGCCCACCUUGCUCUCCACAGAGCGCUCGUAAGAAGUACGAGAACAACGAAAACACUCCUCCCCGCGGAGGUCGGGACGUCAACGCGUCUCCUCAUCUGGGUGACAGCGUCUCGCCCGCCCAGAAGCAAAGAACGCCCGGCAAGGGACACAUGGCUGAGGACGGCCAAGGUACCUUGAAUUCCAAGGACAGCAUGUACCGACGAAGUAAUUCCGUCGACAUACGGAAGAUGCAAAAUCUCUUCAAGACUGCUGCCGAAGACAACAUCAAGAGCAUUCGUGCUUAUGUCACGGAGUUGAAGGAGCGGGUGGCCAAGCUCCAGUACCAGAAGCAGCUUCUUGUGUGUCAGGUUCUGGAAUUAGAGGCUAACACCAACAAUGAUGAGGAGGCAGUGGAGGAGGAGCCUCAUGUGGAGGUGGCACCAGUUGUACCGUGGUCUCCAAGCGCUUGGCGGAAGCAGUACGAGAAGCAACGCAGGGUCAUCAUUGAGCUGUGGGAUGCUUGCCAAGUAUCGAUCAUACACAGGACUCAGUUCUAUUUGCUGUUCAAGGGAGAUCCUGCGGAUGCCAUCUAUUUGGAGGUUGAGCUCAGGAGACUGAACUGGCUCCAGGAGAACUCGGCAACAGCUGCGUUCGAGGCCACUCACAGUGGUUACCAGUCAGCUUCGUCAGAAGACCUUUUGGCAAACACAAGUCCACUGUCUGCAGGACUCCGGAACUUGAAGAGGGAAAGGGAAAUGUUAGCGAAGCGCAUGAGAUCACGAAUGAACCCGGAAGAGCGUGAGGAGCUUUUUGGUGAGUGGGGUAUUCCGUUGGAGGCCAAGCAGCGUAAACUUCAGCUGUGUAACAAAAUUUGGAUGGACCCUUACGACAUGGAUCAUGUGCAAGCCAGUGCGGAGGUCGUGGCAAGGAUAGUGGGCUUCUGGGAGCCUGGGAGCGCCGCAUCCAAGGAGAUGUUCGAGCUGAACUUCGCACCUCAGAGCCAAACCAAGAACCCAUUGGUGGCCGGGUGGAAUCAGAUCACCACCCUCCUCAACAUUUAGGAACGUCUUGCAGAUCACGGUUUGAGCACACGCAAGCUUCCUGCCCAUUCUCGAACGAGGGUACGCAAGGCGAGGUGCCGGAACUUUUCACGAGUCAAGGACCUUGUCCUCAGAGCAUCACAUCGUGAUCCAACGACUAAUGCAAGGCAAUCUCGAUCCAUGCUAUUCUCAUGAGUGCGCAUGCACAACAAUCGGAGCUCUCGAUGAAAGGUUUCGAGCUUAGCCUCCGGUUUCGAGUUCAGUAUACUCUGCUCUGGAGCGGUGUUUGAGGGUGCAGCAGCUGGUAGCUGAGUUCUCGUAGACUUCAAUCGCCAAAUGGGUUGCAGGUUCCGAUCACAUCCUGUAUUGUAUCCAUAAUUUUCUUGUGCAGGGAAUUCCUCGUACAAUCUUCGAAUUCCGACAUUCUUGUAAUUUAAUUUGGUGGGCGGGGGAGUUUAAGAAUUCUUGCAGAGUUUGCCUGCAUCCUUUUGAGGAAGGGCGUCGAGUUCAUGGGACACAUUUUAGAGACCAUUGAUCUGCAACAAGCUCCCUGCGACCUUCGUCCACCUCCCGGCUGAAGAUGGAAAGAUGGAAAGAUGGAUAGAGUUUAUUUUAGAUGUAAAGUAACAAAGGUAACGUAGCAAGGGUGGCUGGUGCAGCUUGGAACAGGUCUCUUUAGAAGUUACUGACAGCAACUUGCUGAACACAACCGUCGGAUCUUAUUCUUGGUCCAGUUGUAGUAUAAGUGUUGUAGUACUGAUAGAGUACUCAUGUCACGAACAGUAGAAGGGUGAUUUCGAGAAGGCAAAUCCCAUCGGUUGUGCAGCAGUGGUGGAGGGAAAGUGCAUGGCUGGCUAGCUGGCUGGCUACGGGCUACGUGAACUGAUUAGCCUUGGAUUCAAUAUCAAUACAAUCUUUAGCAAACCAAAGAGUGUAAAAGAUUCACUUGGUUUCUGAGCCACUUGCGCCAGUCUAAUAUGAUCUCCUUUUGGUGUGAAUUUCG